CUCAUUUGAAAAUGUUCAGUUAAAGCCACUGAACGGCUCGUCGCCAUUAUUAAACACGGAGUCUGCAAUGUUUACAUGUUAGAAUUUGUUACGAACAGGCAGUCAUUUCUGGAAUAUAUCGGCCUCGGAUUUUAAGGAGUCGACCAUGGCUCAGCGUGUGCCUAUAUCAGAUGGAGGGGCAAAGAAGACAUCCCGUGUGCGUGUAGCUGUCCGGCUGAGGCCUUAUAUGGCCAAACCUGAUGAAAAAGAUGAAGGACCUUGUGUGAGAGGUGUAGAUUCACAAAACCUUGAAAUCAUCAACUGGAGAAACGCCACAGAAACCGUCAAAUAUCAUUUUGACGUUUUUCACGGAGAAAAGACAACACAACAAGAAGUUUUCCUCUCCUCAGUGAAACCAAUUCUCCCACAUAUACUAAAUGGACAGAAUGCAAGUGUUUUUGCAUAUGGCCCUACAGGAGCAGGCAAAACUCAUACCAUGCUGGGCAGCUCAGAACAGCCAGGAGUGAUUCCCAGGGCUGUCCGUGAGGUUUGCAAAUUGGUUCAGUCAAAGAAUGAGGAAGAUGGAUGGGACUACAGUAUUGGGAUGUCUUAUUUGGAGAUUUACAAUGAAAAGGUACUGGACCUUUUAUCACCAAACUCCCAAGACCUUCCAAUAAGAGAAGACAAGGAGAAGAAUAUCCUUAUUCCGGGCCUCACUCACACUACCGUCUUGUCCUUUGCUGAUUUCGAUAAACAUUUUGUCCCUGCAACUCUUAAUCGCACAACUGCAUCUACAAAACUAAACCAGCGCUCCAGUCGUAGCCAUGCAAUCCUCCUCAUUAAGGUGGUGAGAACGCAGCGUGUGUCUCAUCGACAACAGACUGGAAAGUUGUACUUGGUGGACUUGGCUGGGUCAGAGGACAACCGUCGUACUGGCAAUCAAGGCAUUCGCCUCAAGGAAAGUGGUGCUAUCAACUUGUCCCUCUUCACUCUGAGCAAAGUGGUGGACUCCCUGAACUCUGGCACAUCGGGCCGUGUGCCAUACAGAGAUAGUAAACUCACUCGGCUCUUGCAGGACUCUCUGGGAGGCUCUGCACACUCUGUCAUGAUCACAAAUAUUGCCCCUGAAUACAAAUACUAUUUUGAUACUUUCAGUGCACUGAACUUUGCAGCCAAAUCCAAGCUUAUUGUUAACAAGCCGUUCACCAGAGAAACUGUGACUAUACCCAAUGUUCAAGUGAAGCGAACCAGAGAAGACCAGGAGGCAGGCUGUUCUGGCCCAGAGCCACAGAAGAAAAGGCAGAAAGAAGAGAAAAAAGCAGAGCCCUCUCCAUCUUCUUCACAUUUUCACAGUCUUGCAGCGCCAUCAGUGAUGGACAGACUGAUUGCCUUGGAGAAGCUUAUGAUGAGCUGCCAAGAUAAAGACAGACUCAAUAUGCUUAAAGAUGUGGCUCAGUCUCGCAAAGAGAUCCAGGAGCUAAAGGAGAAACAAAGGGAGUUUGAGAGUAAGGCCCUCCUGUUCAGUCGACUUACUGGUGAAAACUCAGGAGUAAGUCCACAGUCCAGCUUUAAAAACAAUAUAGUACCUCUACAAAGGAAACCUCUAGUGGACACCAAAGCAAAUAAACAAAAGGCCGUGGUGCAACCAUUACAAGUUUCCCAGCUUCAGCCUAUUCAGCAGCUGGUUAUUGUCAAAAAGCAGUCUGUGUGUGUCAAGAAGAAAGAGCAGAGGCUUUUGGACCAGCUUGAGCCACUGGAUGGAAAAGAGAACCUAGAGAAAGACUGGGAGUCCCAUUUGGACACAACAGUCUUGGAACAGUCUAGAAAGAAAAUCCUACAGAUUCUCAACAGUGGGUCCCUCAAGGAGCUGAAAAAGAUUGGUGGCCUGAAGAAAAUCAAGGCUAAGCUCCCAGAUUGGCCUUUGAGCGAUGACACAAUUCUACAUCUGGCAACAGCUGAAGGUUUAGCAACAGGAAAGGAAGGAGAGGCUCUACUACAUGAAGUGGCUGCUCUGUAUAAAAAGGGAAUCUGUGAUAUGAGUGGUAGGGCACCAGGACAAACCACUGUCCAUGGUGUGUCUCAGCUCAGGCCCGGGCAAGAAGGGGGUUACCGGGUGGCUUACUGCCCCAGAUCAGGAGGAUGUGGAGCUGCCAUGAGAGCCAUGUGCAUUGGUCUGAGGUAUCCAAAGCCAGAGCAGUUGGAGACUUUGGUGGAAGUUGCUGUGGAAACAGGCAGGAUGACCCACCCUCACCCCACAGGGUUCCUGGGGGGUGUUGCUGCGGCCCUGUUUACAGCGUAUGCCGUCCAGAGGAGACCCAUGGAGUCCUGGGGCGUUGGACUCCUCAGUGAAGCCUGUCCCAUUGCAAAAAGCUUUGUGAAGAAAGCAGGCUUUGCUGUAAAAGAGACGGAAAGAGACUGGAACUACUUUAGUGGCAAGUGGCAGAGCUACUUGGAUUUGCGUGGACUGUCAAAUGGGGUAGGUCCUGUGAUUUGGCCUGAUGCGUACGGUCCUGCUGAGAGAGAUGGAGCCUACAAGAGCUUUAGUUUCAGUGGCUGGGGAGGAAGCAGUGGUCACGAUGCUCCAAUGAUCGCAUAUGAUGCCUUACUGGGGGCAGGCGCGGACUGGGAGGAGCUUAUGAACAGGGCUGCUUUUCAUGGUGGUGACAGUGAUAGCACAGCUGUGAUUGCCUGCUGUUGCUGGGGCGUCCUAUAUGGUACAAAGGGGGUCCCAAAAGGAAAUUAUGCCAAACUGGAGUACAGGGACCGACUGGAGAAAUGUGGGGAGCAGCUGUAUGCCCUGUCACACUGAGACGGGAAUUAUUAUAAGGGACAAGAUAAUGAACUGUUAAUUCAUUAUUCUGUUUAAUGCCUAUAAUAAGGCAAGAUGUUUGAAAGAUGGUUUCUGUACCACAGUUUGAGAACCACUAUGUUUACUUUAUAUAUUCUAAAAGAAUUUGGUACAUUACUCAAAGACACGUCUACUGUAUUUGACCAUAGCACAUAAUUACUAUUAACUAGGUGGAACAAAUUCAUCAUGAAUGUUCCUGCACUGUGUCCGCUGAGAGGUAAUUGCUGUGUUUGAAGAUUUUUGUGCCUUAAAUUGAAUGUGGUAUUGAAUCGAAUGUUAAAUGAAUGCAAUAAAAUACACGUAGUAAUUGCUUCCAGUUCAUUGCAGCUG